AUGUACCCCGUUUUCAUGUCGCAGCUCCACCCCGCGGCACGAAUUCGCGCGAUUGAAAUGUGGCGUGCCGCACAAUCCCGCGUUCGUAUACCAUCCAAUGCGCUGCAUCUCCUACACACACCUGUGCAUUUGCGCACGCGAAUUCCGUCUGCAGCAUUCCAACGCCACAUUCAUGCCCGCGCAAUUAGCACAAACGCGGGAAUACCGCGACUCAUGCUCAAAAUGAUGCGUCUUCCCUUGUACGGUGCAACAGCAGCAGGCGGUGCGUAUGCAUACACCCAUUACAAGCUUGAUGAGCUAAAGGGGAAAUUGAAUGCUUGGUACGGCUCCGCGUCCGAUGCAGCCUCCGGAUGGUACGGCUCCGCGUCCGAUGCAGCCUCCGGAUGGUACGGCUCCGCGUCCGAUGCGGCAUCCGGAUGGUACGGUACACUCUCCGGCACGUUGGAAUCUUCGCGCAGCAGCCUCGGUGACUUUUUCGGAAAUCUCAAAUCAACCGGAACGAGAGAAGAGGCGCAGGAUGGCGACGACGGCGACAAUGGCGGCGGCGACAAAAACGGCGGGAAUAAUGGCGGCGGUGACGAUGAAAAAGGCUUGCUUGGCGCGGCCGCGCUCGGCGCCGCACUUACGAGCGAUAACGCGCCCAGCAAAGACGAGCAACCCGCCCAAGGCAGCACAGAAGAUCUCAUGCUGCUUACGCGUAAACUGAUCGAAGUGCGCAACAUGCUCCAGGACAUUGAUCAAGAUAGCGAGGAGCUGAAUUUGCCGAGCAUUGUCGUGAUCGGCUCGCAGAGCAGCGGCAAGAGCAGUGUGCUUGAGUCGAUUGUCGGCCACGAGUUCCUUCCCAAAGGCACGAAUAUGGUGACGCGCCGUCCUAUCGAGCUUACCCUCGUUCACACAGAGCGCAACGCAGAAACGCCCAACGGACUAAUCGAGUAUGGCGAGUUUCCCGGCCUUGGCAUGGGCCGGAUCGCCGACUUUUCCGGGAUCCAGAAAGUGUUAUACGAUCUCAACAUGAUGGUGUCUAAAGAGGAGGGCGUGAGCGACGACCCCAUCCAGCUGCACAUUUACAGCCCCCAAGUCCCCGACCUAAGCUUGAUUGAUCUUCCUGGCUACGUACAGCUCAGCUCGAUGGACCAGCCAGAGGCGCUGCGUGAAAAGAUUGCGACGCUGUGCGACAAGUACAUUCGCGAGCCCAACAUUAUCCUCGCUGUCUGUGCGGCCGACGUCGACCUCGCCAACUCGCCUGCGCUGCGUGCUAGCCGCAAAGUCGAUCCAUUGGGCCAGCGCACCAUCGGCGUGGUUACCAAGAUGGAUCUCAUUCCUCCCAAAGAGGGCGCGGCCAUUUUGAACAACAACAAGUACCCUCUUGCACUUGGGUACAUUGGCGUGGUGUGCAAACCGCCGCCGCCCCCAAGCAACUCUAUGUUCACGCUCGGGCGCAAUCGCAACGUUGUUCAGCUUACGCAGGAGUACGAGCACGAGUUUUUUACCGAGUAUCACGAAGACUUUUCUGCCCCCACGCACGGACGUAGUGCCGGGGUGCAGCCCUUGGUUGGCACCCAUGCAUUGCGCACGCGGCUCAUGGUCGUGUUGGAGGAAAGUAUGGGUGCGUCGCUCUCUGGCGUCGCCGAGACCGUGCGCAAGGAACUGGAUGAAGCGUCGUACCAAUUCAAGGUCCAGUACAACGACCGCAUCAUCACUGCGGAAAGCUACGUGACCGAGGUGAUCGACGUUUUGAAGCAGCGCUUCAAAUACUUUGCACACCAUUUCGGGAAACCCGAGGUGCGUGUCCUGCUCAAGAGUGCAUUGGAUGACAAGGUCAUGGACGCACUUGCGCAAAUGUACUGGACGGAUGGGCGCGUCGUGGAACUGACCGAGCUUGGGAAUCGCCGGCGAGGAUCGCCUGAAGAGCUCGACCCCGUCUGGAUGCACAAGCUCGAUGCCAGCACAGGAACAGUGACCAAGUGCGGUGUCGGCCGCCUCAGUACGCAGCUCGUCGCCAAUACAAUUCGCGCACAGCUGGAGCAGCUCGCGCUGGCAGAGCCACUGAACUACCACCACGAAACGGUGGAGCGUAUUGUUGCGUUCGGCACUGCGCUCCUGACCGAGCGCUUUGGCGUCACCGCCGACCAAGUUGAGAACUGUAUCAAACCAUACAAGUACGAAGUCGACGUCGACGGCCGCGAGUGGGAAGAAGGGCGCAAACAGUCGGAAAUACUCAUGCGGAACGAGUUGGACAUGUGCAAUGAGGCACACGAUCGACUCAAGAAGCUUGUAGGCGGUCGUCGUCUCCGCGGUGCUGUGGAAUAUAUUUCGCAGCUCGAGCAGCGCGAAAAAGAUCGCAUAGCACAGCGCAUCGAGCACACUGGCGACCCCGAGCAGGCGAUCCAGACGCUCGACGACCAAAACGAUCCUACUCGUCCUGGGUUCAAUGCUGCGCUCUUGAUGAAGGCCCGAGAGGCUCGUUUCCUCGAAAACCGUGCAGGGAUUCUGCACAUGCGCAUGCUUGCUCUGCGAUCGCGCCGUUGCAAGGCAGGGCCACAGAGCAAGGUGUUCUGCCCCGAAACCUUUCUGGAUGUCGUCGCGGAUAAACUCACCCAAACGGCAGUCAUGUUUAUCAAUAUCGAGCUCUUGGCCGAGUUCUUUUACCAGUUUCCGCGCGAAAUCGACGCGCGGUUGGGCUAUGACAUGACCAACGAACAAAUGGUGGAGUUCGCCCGGCAGAACCCGUCUAUUCGCAGUCACCUCGACUUGCAGCACCGCAAGAUGAAGCUUGAUGAUGUGAUGACGAAACUGACCGAGCUCACGCAACUUUACCAGGGCAAGCAUCCCAAGAAACACCAGUCGUCUAGGUGGCUAUUUUUUUAG